UCGGGGAUAUCAAGUCAUACACGCUGUGUUGGCGAAUGUGCAUACCGGACUGGUGGCAAUCCCAGCGAGAUCGUAAGUAACCAUGCGUGGAAUCACGUGAUGGCGCGCCGAUUGACAGCCUGAUGAUCGAUUGCUUUCCGAAUCUUUGCGUUCAACUUCCAUGUUCUACAUCAUUGGCUUGGGUCUCUGCGAUGAACGGGACAUUACUGUUCGGGGUCUGGAGGCUGUGAAAGGCUCAACGCGUGUAUACUUGGAAGCCUAUACCAGUAUCUUGAUGGUUCAGAAAGAACGCCUGGAGUCUUUCUAUGAAAAAACACUAAUCUUGGCGGAUCGGGACAUGGUUGAAACCCAAAGCGACGAGAUCUUGGACGGCGCAAAAGACGUUGAUGUUGCACUGCUUGUGGUCGGAGAUCCCCUGGGGGCCACCACCCACACUGAUAUAAUUCUGCGCGCACGAUCACUCGGGAUCCCAACACGCGUGAUCCACAACGCGUCGAUCAUGAAUGCGAUCGGCGCUUCUGGUCUGCAGCUCUACCAGUUUGGGCAGACCGUGUCCCUCGUGUUUUUCACGGAAACAUGGAAACCGGACAGUUUCUACGACCGCAUCGAGGAAAAUGCCAAGUUAGGUCUCCAUACUCUCGUUUUGUUGGACAUCAAAGUCAAAGAGCAGAGCGAUUAUAAUCUAGCGCG